AUGUCUAAUUCGACGACGAUCGCGUCAGAAAAGUUGAAAAAGCCAAAGACUUGCGUCGACAAAAACUUUCAUGCACUCGUGAUUAUCGUGGUCGUAAAUCUUUCUAAUAUUCUGUUGGUAGUGGUGAAAGGUGCUGUCGCCUAUUCCACCGGUUCUUUUUCGAUUGGGCAUUCGACGAUUGAAUCGUUUGGUGAUGUGUUUGUCGGAGCGCUGAUCCUUGUUUCCAGAUUACAGAAGAAAGGCUCCUGCUUCCGGAAACAGAAAUUUCCCCGCGGACGGGCAAGCGAAAGCCUGACAAAUGUAAUUGCUUCAGUGGUGAUGUUGGUGCUCGCCUGUUUCAAUGGGCUCAUCUCGUUCGACAACUUUUUCGAAAAUCGUUUCGAUCCGCGACUAGAGAAGGAACACCUCUUUGUCAUCGCCGCCAACAUCUUGUUGAAGCUUUUCCUGUACCUGAUUUGCUUGUGGCGGAACGACGUGGAGCAGAUUAAAGUGCUGUCGAAAGAUCAGAAAACGGACAUUCUGACGAAUUCUACGGCCCUAGUCUUUGCGCUAUUGACGGCGUACGUUAACCAGAUUUACGACAUAUUCGGCGCGGUCAUCAUCUUCGUGUUGAUCAUCUACAAUUGGCUGCCGAUUUUGCUGGUGAAUUCGAACAAAAUCCAGGGCAUCCAGGCUUCGGACUGGAGGGUGGCCGCUGUGAAAGAGGCUCUUGGUCAAGUUGACGGUUGUGAAAUACUGGAUUUUCUGUUAUAUCACGCUGGAGAAGGGUGCGUGGCUGAGGUUCGUUGUGCAAAAAAGGGUGCUACAGAUAUUCGAGGAGCCAUUACUGCCAAGCUGGUAGAAAUUGACUGGAUUAGGGCGGUUUUUGUGGAGAUCGAAGAUGAGAAAAACGUGAGUUUGCGUGAUUGCACCUUU